AUGGUUUUGAUGAACAUUCAUGAAAAUGAAAAGGAAACCAGAAUAGGAAAAGCCAUUUUGUUGAUUGGUGGUUCUCUUGUUGUUUUGAUUGUAGUUUUGGGUUCCUACGCUCUUGAUGCUUUACGCCGUCGCCGAAAAGCUUGGAAAUUCCAAAAGAUCACAAAAGAACCAAAACGUCCAAAAUGGGUUUCUCUUUACGAUCUGUCAAUGAUAAAGAAAUCAGAAGUUGGAAGAUUCGCGAUUUAUACAAAGUACUUCAUCCGGCGAAUGGAAAAACAAAGAAAAAAUGAAGUUUGGAAGGAUAGAUCAAAAAGGAUUACGGAAAAGAUACGAAAAAUUUUGGAUCAACACUUUGAUAACGAGAAAAUCGAUUUGGAUGUGAUUCCAGACUCUACAGUCAUUCUGUGUAUUGCAAUGCCGAAUUUCAAGAACAGAUGUAUUCCUGGAGAUUUUGAUGCGAUUCAAAAAGGACCAGAUGAUAGUUAUUAUGAGUAUCAAAUGAUUGGAGAUGACAGAAUUGAAGCUUGCUAUUACAAUGUGGAUGGAAAGAGAUAUGUAGCUGGAAUUUGUAUUUAUAUGGAGAACCCGUAUCAGCAAUCUUAUCAAUAUCACACUUCGAUCAUUUUAAAAUUGUUGAGAGGACCUGUAUAUGUUCCAAAGGAGGGAUUGGAUGUUGUUGCUGUUUCGAAUGUCAAUGAGACGAGUGCAACGAUGGAAACAUUGAUUUCCAAAGAAAUUGAAAACCAAAAUGAAUAUUCAGUAGAUAACCAAACAUUGCUAAAUUAG